AUGGCACCUAGAAAGCCCUACACUCAACUCGUUGAUGGCGUACCCCGAGAUCCCAAUUACGACGCCGAGUUAUUCCGGUCGAGCAUGAAUUUCCGGGCUGAGAGCGGGGACUUGGUCCUGCACACCUACCCAAAGAGUGGUACACACCUGUUGCUGUACAUCACGCAGUGCAUUCUCAACAAAGGCGAAGAAGCACGCACCUACGAAGAAUUUGCAGGAAGCACGCGACUGCUAGGAGGCAUGGAUUUCGCCGACUGGCGACCACCCCUACCCCUGCGCCUUUUCUCGACUCACCUACCACCACAAAGGAGCACCAUAAAUGAGCAGGCGAAAUACGUCUACUUGGCUCGGAACCCAUGGGACGUUUGCGUUUCCCUAUUUCACAUGGUAACGGACUUUAGCACGUACCGCUUUCAAGACGGCACGUUCGAUGAGUUCUUUGACGAUUUUCUGGAAGGUGACGCUGCUGGUCACGGGUGCUACUUCAACCACGUGGCGUCCGGGCACGCCCUGAGGCACGAACCGAACGUCCUAUUUGUCACCUACGAGGAACUCCUCAGAGACACUCGGGCGGUUGUCAAGGCGCUGGCUCGGUUUCUUGGCGAAGAAUAUGCUGCAGAUUUACAAGCUAACGACUCCAUAUUGUGA